UCAUUAAAUGCAGCACGCUCCUCGAGCCUACCAGAACGGGCUCUCGUUCGAACGAGGCUGACAUCGGUCGAGAAGCGUCUCAGAGCAAGUGCAAGGUGUGGCUGUUCCGACUGUUCGCCUUCUCUCAAUUUGCAUAGGUUCAAUCAGUGAGCAUGGCUUCCCACGACCCAGCGGCGCACCCAACAGCCCACAGCCACGCGGAGCACCCAACAGCCCACAGCCACGCGGAGCACCCAACAGCCCACAGCCACGCGGCGCACCCAACAGCCCACAGCCACGCGGCGCACCCAACAGCCCACAGCCACGCGGAGCACCCAACAGCCCACAGCCACGCGGCGCACGGUUCCACGGUAUACGGGCAGACGACACACGUCCACACCGUAUACGACCAGACGGGGCACGUUCAGACGGUGUACGAGGUGGCGUCCAUCACGGACGGAGAGACAGCUACCCGCAAAGAAGAGGAGGAGGAGGACAAACGGAGUUUUGCGGCAUCGGCAACCAUGGUGUGCGCAACCAUCAUCAUCUGCAUCCUAAUCAGUGUACUGAUCGCGUUCUUCACUGUAGGCUUCGGUUAUUCUUAUGCGACUGAGGCGACGGAGACCCCGUUUCCCAAUGUCAUUUAUCGAGGCGGCGGCGUCAAGGUGGUGGUGGUAACCCAGGCGACGCCCGUGGCAACCACGGAGGAAACUGAGACCCCUGUUGCGUCAACGGCCGCCCCCUCGCAAAUGAUGGACGACCAGCCCCUGGUGUGCACGGUGGGCAGGAGGCUUAACUCGACGCGGAUGUUCCCCCCGGACGGCCUGUGCGAGUACAUCUUCUUCGACUCGCUCUACAAGCAGGGCCGUAACUCGAUAGUGGCGCCCGAAGGCUUCGACCCCAACUUGCGCACCUUCAUCGAAGUCGCACCCCUGCACAAGAUCACGGCGUUCGGCGUCGGCAUCACCUUCGAUUCUGUCCACCACCUGGAGUUUUUGCUGAACGGCAGCGCCCCGAGUUUCAAGCCGAUGGAGAUCUUCUGGGAUAACGCAAUCUACCACCUCGCUAUCCUGGACACAGCCACCGUGAACCCGGUGGAACACGAAGUAAUAUCUGCCCUGGGGUGCCUCAAGCUCCUGCGUGACCGUUUUUCUGUGGAACAGAUGAAUCAAGGCCGCAAGAUCUUCACAGUUUUCGCAGCAAGUAUUCCUGACGACGCCUGGGCUAACCUCUACAUCCGAAAUUUCACGACCCUGUUUAAGCCUGACCUGUUCAUCAGUUUUGGACACUACACGCGAGGAGACAACUCGUUAAAAAGCUGUCGCAUUGUGCCACCGACGCUGCUGGAGAGACCUCGGGGCGCCGAAGACAGCUACCAGCACGACAUGACAGCGGGGUUCGAGAGCUUCAAGAAGCUGUCGGUGCCAGGUUUGGCGCUGAAGUUCGCGUUAUCAGUGACCUUGAAGGGUCGUUUGACGGUGUCCACGGUGCCAAAUAUGUACGAUUUCUUCACGCCGUGCCUGACCAACGAAACCGCCGAUCCGUUCGCCACCUACGCCCAGGUGUGCAAGAAUCCAGGAUUCAAAACGGCGCCAAUCUACGAUUCUCAGGUGGACGCGACUCGAAUUCUCCACGCCGUGAAGCCUGAAGUCUUCUCUUACGACGACCGAGUGGGACUCUGCAAGAAGCUGUGCACAAUGAAGGCGCAAGAUACCUCCAUGAAAUUCGGGAUCGCGGUUUACGACCUCGACUACGCCGACUUUUCCAACACGUGCGGCUCAAAGGACGGGCCGUUCUCAAGGCUGCACCUGGUCCGCAACAUCCUGAACUUCUUCAGGACGAGGUACAGGACCACGGCGGACACGGCAGACUGCGUGAACCUGGCCACGUGAACGGUGCGCGCUUCGACGGACGUGUGCGUGGGAGGCCCGAGAGAUGCGCACUUCCGACGCCCUCCAACUUCGUCGAUUCUCUGAGGAGCGAUCGGAAAAAAAUUGGCAAACGCUUGCUGCGCUGUCUGCGUGCCUGCAUCGUUCUUUACUUGCCUUUUGCGCAAGUUAUGAUUUAUACAGAGCGUUUAAGCGUCUCCAAAUGGUAUUCUCAUAUACGAAUUAAAUCGUUGCCGGAUCCAUGAA